AUGUUUUAUGUGGAGAAGAUGGAACAUCAUCAACUCUUUGAGAUCUCUUUGGGCGUUUUGCUUAACAAGAUUAGAUUCAUGGCUCUCUUUCUCAGCCGCCUUGUGAAACCUGCGUUAGUGAGAAGAUCCUCCUCUGUUUCUCUUCUUCUCUCUAACGGCUUCUCAACUUCCUUGCGGCAAACCCCUCCGUGUGCUAUCAUCGGCGCUACUUAUUGUGGAAACGAUAUUGGAAGACUCAUUGUUUCCUAUGCUAAUGAACCUCGUUCCUGUAAUCAGCUGGAAAAGAGGGUACCUGUUGAGUUGGUGUAUCCUCAAUUAUUUAAUGAUGGAAAAACGCAAACGAUAGGGGCAUCAUAUGGGUGGAUAGCUACUCUCAACAAGGACGAUGGAAUCCUUCGUCUACAAGACGAUCUGAACCUGUUGGCAUCUGAUACCGAUCCUAAACGUAUCCAGCUGCCUCCUCUUGUGACUAUGCCACACUGCCAAACCAAAAUCAUCACCAAUGUGUCAAUGUCAUCAUCGUCUCCAGAGGACUUUAUCGUGGCUGUCAAGUUCUCGGGACCUCAGCUCAGUUUUUGCAGACCAGCUGAUAGUAAAAACGAGUGGGUGAACAUCAGGAUCGAUAACCCCUGCUUCCACUCCUCCCGUGUCAUGUUUUCCAAGAAAGACGACGUGUUUCAUCUUCUUGGAUCUGGAGGCCUCGAAAUCGCGUCUGUGGGUUUUUGCACCAAGAGCGUGGUGGUCAGAUGGUACAAAAAGACCAAAAGUGGCAUAGCCAAAAUGAAAACGAAAGCUCUAAAGUUGUUCAAGUUAGACGAGGAGGAAGGAAAUGGUGAUGAGCUUCUUCUGAGCGCGGCUGACCUGAAUUUUUUGGAUUCGUGCUGCAAGAGCGAGCACUUGGUGGAGUCACCAACUGGUGACACAUUCUUGGUUGAGCAGUACAAGAAGAAAAUCGUUGAAGAAGAAGGUGUUGCCCGACUGAAAACUGUAGUUUUGAUGGUGUACAAGGUAGACGAUGAAGGAAACACUGUCUACAUUCAAGACAUGGGAGAUCUGACCAUGUUCCUCUCAAAUUCUGAACCUUUCUGUGUCCCUUCUUCUUCCUUUCCUGGUUUGCGUCGUAACUACAUUCACCUCCUCGAUGUUGAUGAAGUCGUAGGUGCUGAUGUAGCUCACAUCCCCUUCUCCAUGAUUAGUGUAGGUGGUUCAUUUUCUACCCCUUAUUAUUUCCCACCACAAGAUAUUCACAACUAG